CCUCAACUUCAUCACUGACCAAAACAUUUUCGCUCGAAUCCUCUCAGUGGCUAGGGUUUCUGAAUCAGUAUUCGCACUCGGAAAUAUGAGUUCUAACGCAGCAGCCUCAACGAAGGGCGGUAGGGGCAAGCCUAAAUCCUCGAAAUCUGUCUCCCGUUCGUCGAAAGCUGGCCUUCAAUUUCCUGUUGGCAGAAUAGCGCGUUUUCUCAAGGCUGGUAAAUACGCAGAGCGUGUCGGCGCUGGCGCACCCGUUUACCUCUCCGCCGUUCUUGAGUAUCUUGCUGCUGAGGUUUUGGAGCUUGCGGGCAAUGCGGCAAGGGACAACAAGAAGAACAGAAUUGUGCCAAGGCACAUACAGUUGGCGGUGAGGAAUGAUGAGGAAUUAAGCAAGUUGUUGGGGAAUGUUACAAUUGCAAAUGGUGGUGUGUUGCCUAACAUUCACCAAACUCUGUUGCCGAAGAAGGCUGGUGGAAAAGACAAAGAGAUUGGAUCUGCUUCACAAGAAUUCUAGGGCUUCGUUGUGAAUUAGGCAUAUUAGUUGCUGGUUGCUUUUAUGAAGGGUUUGGAUCGACUGAGUUGCCAUGAUGUUUGGUCCAUGUAAAACCCUAGUUUUGGAGUGUUUGGAGUACAUAUAGUGGUAUGGAUGAACGAUGAUUAAUCUCUAUAUCAAUAGUAUUUUAAUUUGCAAUCCCGUCUCUGAUGGCCUUGAUUUCCAAACAGUGUGCUUCCAUUUUGCGGAAUAUGUUUAUGUUGAUUGAUUACUUUUUGGUCUAUUCUUA